UUGCUUGACAUCUCUAACAAGCGGCACUGGUUACGAGCUGAACGACAGAUUCCAUAGUAUUUUUGUUUUCGCCACACUCCAACUUAAUUAAAGAACAAAAUGUCGUUCGUGAAAAAUGCUCGCCUGGUGGCCCUGCGUGGCGCUCGCCUAAGCCAGAAACGCUCCUACUCGGACGACAUGAAGCUGACCUUCGCUGCUGCCAACAAGACCUUCUACGAUGCCGCAGUGGUGCGCCAAAUCGAUGUGCCCUCUUUCAGCGGCUCUUUCGGCAUCUUGGCCAAGCAUGUGCCCACUUUGGCUGUGCUGAAGCCAGGUGUUGUGCAAGUCACCGACAAUGAUGGCAAACUCACAAAGUACUUUGUCUCGAGCGGCUCAGUGACUGUCAACGAGGACUCCUCCGUGCAGGUGCUUGCUGAGGAGGCGCACAACAUCGAGGACAUCGACGUCAGCGAGGCCAGACAGCUGCUUUCCAAAUACCAGUCGGCGCUGAGCUCCGCUGGAAGCGACAAGGCCAAGGCAGAAGCUGCCAUUGCCGUGGAAGUUGCUGAAGCGCUUGUCAAAGCAGCCGAAUAAAUUGCAAAACUCGUAAACAACAAAUAUUUAACAACCGAAACCACAACAACAACAACACAACAA